UCGCUCGCUGGCUAAACUCGCAGAAAAAGUUCCGUGUAAAGUUUUUGUUCAUGUGAAUGCGCGGAUUUUAAUAUUUUAUAGAUUUUUUUUACCUUCACGCACGGUUACCUAGGAAACCUUAUGGCGUGAAUGUGAAUCUCGGCAUAGAAACGCACAAAAAACAACAUGUACAUCGCUCUCCACCCAACAAGAGCCUGAGGGUCUGUAACCAUGUCGAAGCAGUUCACCAUCGACGAUGCCUUCUCAUUGGAGGGGGUGGAUGAAGGGGCGGGGCCAGACGAAGAGUUGGAUGGAUGGAAGGAUAGAGAGAGAGAGCGUGAUGGAGAGAUGACGUUCGGCCCUUUGACUUUCUCCAAACCGCAGAGUCUUCCGUCGUCCUCCACAGGAACGAUGGACCACAGCAACCUCAAAUACCAGAACUUGGAGAAUGAGGAGGUUUUGGGGAGUCCAGUAAACUCCACCUUCAACAACCUUUUUAAAAUCAGCGAUCCAGCUACACUCUCCUACUGCAGCUCUCAGUGGUCUUUCAGCACACUCAGCUCUGUUACACAACUUUCUGCACAUUGCUGCGGAUGGACGUCUCAUCCUUUAAUUAAAAAGAACAGGAGAGUGGUGCUUGCCUCAUUCCUUCUCCUCAUCACUGGAGUCGCCCUGAUUUUUACGGGUAUUGUCCUCGAACUAAACCCACAAGCAGAGGUUUCAAGUGCGAUUUUCUUUGUCUCGGGAUUCCUUCUCUUCAUUCCUGGGGUUUACCACGUCAUCUACAUAAGCUGUGCUGUUAGAGGGCGAAGAGGAUUCAAGUUCUUUUACCUGCCAUACUUUGAGAAAUAGUCUCUCUCUGUUUGUCCAAAGUCUUUUCUUUUUUUUUUUUUCACAAAAUACAGAAAUGAGAUAAAGCUCUAGAGGUAACGCUUUACAACAAAAUUCCCUUAAAUAAAAUUAGUUAAAUAUUCAUUAAUGUGAGCAAUAAUACACCAUUAAUAAGAUUAAAGUAGUUAACACUUGUAUUAACACCAUUGAUUAUUGUCCAAAAUUUUUCACAAGAUGUUUGUGCUGGUUUUUCUGUAGGAAUCACAACAUUUAAUCCCGCUGAGCUCCAAAAUGUAUAAUUUACUUAGUGUAGAUUUAUCUCGCAUAAUUGAUGGAAUAUGCAAGAAAUAAAACGCUCUGUUUUGGAUUGUUGGAAAAUACUUAACAUCUGGGUGGUGUGGUGCAGUUUGAAGCAGAGUUACUGUAACCAGCCUGAAAAUAAUUGAUUAAUUUUUUAUAUAACAGCACACCCUUAGGUGUUUAAUUUAUUCCCCUUAUUUUACAGCAAUUUAUCAAUUAUUAAAAUGUUUUUAUUUAUUAAUCAGUCAUAAUUUUAAUCCGGUUAUAGUUAUGUUUAAUGCCGAGGAAACAAGUUCCAAGUUCUUACUUACAUUAUAGCAGCUGUAACCAGCCAUCCAGGAACCAGCCAGAUUUUUUUUUUUGUUAUCCACUCGUUUUCUUUUUUAUUAAAAGGGGAAAAAACACGGCUUGAUUAUUAUUGAUGUAAGAAUUGAAUAUUUGAACAAUCGUUUAGCACAAGUGUUCAUUAAUUUAAUGAAACAUUAAUUCUAGUUUAAUGUUACCUAAUUCAAUAAGUAAUGUUUGUGAACCUAAAUGUAAAGCGUUGCUGCUGUAUUUGUGCAAUCGUUAUGUUAAAUCCUGUGAAAAGUUUUCUCAUUUUAGGAUGUAAUCUCAUAUCUUAUAUCCGAGUAGCUUUACUUUGCACAUUACAGAUCAUAGAUCCAGAUUCAGGAGCAGUCACACAGCGACUGAGCUGAAAUCACACUUCACUUUACUGAAACAUUUUAAAGUUUUUUUUAGAUUUUGUAGUUUAUUAGAUGUUGAACUUUUUUUUAACCCUAAAGCAAUGGCAUUGACUACAUUUCUGCUGUAGGAGCCGUUCAGGGAAAAAAAAGUUGGCUUUGUCGUGAAAAGAUGGGUGUAAAUUUUGAAAAGAUAUUGAUGAUGAGCCUUGUCAGAAAUCUUGAAUGAAGUGAUGAAGUACCAAGUUUCCUUUUCCUGCACUGUUUUUAAUCUCUAAUGAACUAAUACCACUACUAACACUUUGUACCACUCAGUGAAAUUCCAGCAUAUCUGCAUGGAAGAGUUAUUUUAUUCUUUGUGUGUGUGGUUAUUUUUUUAAAAUCAUUGUGACACUACAAUAAAACUUUUUUUUAAGGAA